GCAGCAGGAGGAGGAGGAGGAGGAGGAGGAGGAGAGCGAGCGUGCAGGCGCGGUUGCUACCGUCGUCGAACGUCUCCCCUGCAUCGUCAACAUCAGCGCUGCUGCCAUCGUCACCGGAAAGCCAGCAUAACGGAGGACUCUCUGUUCAGCACAACAACAACAACCACCACCAGCACCACCAGCAGCAGCAGGGAGCAGGAAGCAGACGAGGCCCAAACUGGAGCAUCUGUUCCAGGCAUGGCCUGAGAGGCAAGCGGGGGUGCUGCCGGAGGAGGAGAAGCAUCAUGGGGAACCAGGAGGCGAAGCAGAGGAAGGCCGCGGCAGCGGGGGAUGGAAACACCGUUGCCGCGGACGACGCUCCGGGGCUCCGCGAGGCGGAGAGCACAAAGAAGGGAGGAGGAGCGGGGAAGAAAUCCCACGGCAGGCAUGGCAAAGGAGGAGGGGACGGAGGGACCAAGAAGAAAAACAAAUCCGAGUCCAAGUCGUCCGUGUUCUCUAUUCGUAAGCGGAAGAACCAGUCCAAGGGGAAGGGAGGGGGCUCCAUGGGGGGGUCCAGGGAGGACGUUCUGGUGUCCCAGCAGGACGAGCUGGACAGCGCUCACUCCCUGUGCAAGACCCCAGACCUCUCAGCAGACGAGCUGGGCCAGUCGGACACGGAGGCGGUGGAGCACGGCAGCGGCCGUGUCGCCGUGGCCCGGGAGGAGAGCGGGAAGGCAGGCGCCACCACGGCCAAAAGCCCCGGAGAGGAAGGGCCGCGGGCCAGCUCGGGGUCGGACACGGACAUCUACAGCUUCCACUCGGCAGCGGAGCAGGAGGACCUGCUAGCAGACAUCCAGCAGGCCAUCAGGCUGCAGCAGGGGGGCCUCAUCUCAGGGGCUGAGGGGCUGGGAGGCUGGGGGGGCAAUGGAGGCGGAGUGAGGAGGAAGCAGAGCUGUGACACCACCACUCCCACCCCCCCUGAGCCAGAGAGAGAGACCCAGCUCCAGAAGGGGUCUGUGUGUGUGUCUGGACCCCCGGCUGACUCCCUGACUGUCUCAGCCUCCAAGACACAAAAUGGCCUGGUUUCAAGCCUGCUUAGUUCCUUGAAUGAAGCUGAGGAGAGGGAAAGAGAGGAGAAGGAGGAGGAGGAGAGGGAUGAGGAGGAGAGGGAUGAGGAGGAGAGGGAGGAGGAGGAGAGGGAGGAGGAGGAGAGGGAGUAUGCUGCCGCUGUAGCACAGCUAAACAAGGAGCGGAGGGAGCUAGAGGAGCCCGAGGCUCAAGCAGCUCUUUGUGUUGUUGCCGCGGGGACAAAGGACCAGCAUGCUGCUCAUCUCACUCCCCUCCCUCUUCUCCCCCCCACUACUGCCCCAGAGACGGAUAGGGGGGUGGGAGGCCUGGUUGCCAAGACAACCAGCGCUAACAGCUUCAUGGAUCUCACCGCCUCGUUUGAGAGUGCUGUGGAGCCCCCUGAGGAAGUGGAGGAAGUGGAGGAAGUGGAGGAAGUGCUGGAGGGUGAUGAGGAGGAGAACAGCCUGUACCCAGAGAAGCCCUCUCUCUUUGCAGACAGCCAGAGCAACCACAGCAGGAGCCACGAGUUCCAGGGGGAUCUCAGUGAUGGGGGGCUGAGUUCCGACCAAGCCUCCGAGGAGGGGGUCCGUCUGGGGGGAGGCACAAGCGUCGAGUCCCUGGAGUGCGUCAGCUCCUCGGAGCCCCUCCCCGAGGACGCUCCGACCGUGGGGCGGAGGAAGAGCAGCGUGUCCUUCUCCCAGUGGACGCUCCAGGAGAGCCCUCUGGCCACGCGCCGGCUCAAGUCCAGCCUGGCGGGCGGGAGCGGGGGCGGGAGCAGCGGUGGGAGCCCCACAGUCAAGCCCUACCCUCCCAUCUUCCCCUCCUACAUCAAGACCACCACGCGCCAGCUCAGCUCGCCCAGCUUCUCCCCGGGGGCCUCGCCGGCCCACAGCCCUCUCUCCCACCGGCGCUACUACGAGCUGGGCCACCACCGGGCCGAGCAGCGGCGCCUGCGGAGGCAGCGCUCCCACAGCAUCACCGGGCCGCUCAGCCGCUCCGCCGACUGGACCGAGGAGCUGGAGAGGCUGCAUCCGGGGGAGGAGGAGGGCGAGGGGGGCUACCUGGGGCAUGGGGGCUCCGAGGACAGGCUGAGAGGGGGCAGCCAUCCCCUCUGUGCCACGCGGAGGUCCUCCUGUGGACAGUUAUCCACCGGAAGCUUCCAGGACGUCUUCACUGGGCGCACCCUGCUGGAGAAGCUGUUCAUGCAGCACGAGUCGGGCCCUCCGGAGGAGGCAGAGCGGCUGUGCUCCCGCAUCCUGGCCAUGGGCCUCCUCCUGCCCUUCGCCGACUGCUUCCGGGAGCAGCUAGGGGGCAGCACCUCCCACAUUGUCUCCAAGUUUGACCAAGACCAGCUGUACACGUGGGCGGCAGUGAGCCAGCCUCCCCAGUCCAUGGAGCAUAUUGAAGGGCGCAUCCCUGGGCAGAUCAGGACCCUGUGGCCUCCGCCCAGACCUGGAGGGGAGGACCGGCCUGGCCAGAAGUACACCGAGGCUGAGGAUGAAGAGGAGCACCAUGCAGCCAUCUUGGGUCUGAAGAGACAACAGAAGGAGCAGGAGAAAGAGCUGCAGGAGGAGUCGGUGUUCAAGACGGUGAAGCUGAAAGAGGAGCAUGUAAAUGUCAUCGAGCAGCUGGAGCAGACAAUUGAAGACCUGAGGACCAAGAUUGCAGAGCUGGAGAAACAGUACCCCCUGCUGGACAAGGACGGCACUGCCACCAGGGACCAGGAGUGCGGGGGGGAGGCGGGGCUGCUGAGGGCUGUGUGUGAUGUGGACCUGCAGACGGACGAGGGACUGGGCCUUCUCCUGGGUCGCCUGGAGGCCAAGUCCGUCCAGACGUCGCCCAUGGACGAGAGCUUUCGGUUCAAAGUGCCUUCAAUGGAACAGACACAAGCAUCCAUGGCCCCACCCCCCUCUCCCCCUCCACCUCCGCCUCUCCCAUCCCAGAAUGGGAUGGCUGUUUCCCCCUCUGGCCCCGCCGGCCCCUCUGAACUACCCGGCUCACCAAAACGGGGGCAGGGAUUCGUAUGUACGUGCCAACAGCAGCAGCAGAGUGGUACCCAACCUCCACCUCCUCCGCCUCCCCCACCCCUCCCUGGCCUACCCGUUCCUCCCCCACCUCCCCCACCACCUCCCCCACUUCCAGGGCAGGCCAUUGCCCCUCCACCACCCCCACCCUUACCAGGAGGGGCUAUGCCUCCGCCUCCACCUCCACCCCCACUCCCUGGUAUGUCCAUGCCCCCACCCCCUCCACCCUUACCAGGCAUGUCAGCACCACCACCACCACCGCCCCCUCUGCCAGGCGGAGGACCCCCACCCCCUCCACCGUUACCUGGGAUGGGACCUCCUCCUCCUCCUCCUCCUCCUCCUGGUUGUGGAGCCCCCCCACCUCCUCCUCCUCCUCCAGGAGUGUGUUUCCCCCCUCCAUCUGGAGGGCUGGGCCUGCCCCCUCCACUGCCCCUGGGACUCUACGCCCUGGGAAUGGCCCAUGAGAAACCCCCUCGGAAAGGCAUGGUUGAGCCUCCCAGGCCCAUGAAGCCCUUGUACUGGACCAGAAUACAGCUGAAUAUGAAGAAGGAGGUGAGCUCCUCUCUGGUGUGGGACAAGGUCGAGGAGCCUGACGUUGACUUCCAGGAGUUUGUGGAGCUGUUCUCCAAAACAGCUGUCAAGGAGAAGAAGAAGCCCCUGUCUGACACCAUCACCAAGUCUAAAGCCAAACAGGUGGUGAAGCUGCUGAACAACAAGCGUUCCCAGGCAGUAGGCAUCCUGAUGUCCAGUCUGCACCUGGAUAUGAAGGACAUCCAGCACGCCAUUAUGAACCUGGACAACACUGUGGUGGACCUGGAGACGCUGCAGGCCCUCUACGAAAACAGAGCACAACAAGAUGAGAUGGAUAAGAUUGAAAAGCACAUCAAAUCCUCCAAAGACAAAGAUAACGCCAAGCCCCUGGAUAAGCCUGAACAGUUUCUGUUCCAGCUCUCUGAGAUCCCAAACUUUUCAGGCAGGGUCUUCUGUAUCCUCUUCCAGUCCACCUUCUCUGAGUGCAGCUCCUCCAUCCACCGCAAGCUAGAAAUCCUACAAAGAGCCUGCACUAUCCUACAGAGUGGAAACGGGGUGAUGAAGGUGCUGGGUCUGGUUCUGGCCUUUGGGAACUUCAUGAAUGGAGGGAACCGGACCAGAGGCCAGGCGGAUGGCUUCAACCUGGACAUCCUGCCCAAGCUCAAGGACGUGAAGAGCAGUGACAACAUGCGAAGUCUUCUGUCCUACAUUGUGGCUUACUAUCUCAGGCACUUUGACGAGGACGCUGGCAGAGAGACGUGUGUCUACCCUCUCCCUGAGCCCCAGGACCUGUUCCAGGCCUCCCAGAUGAAGUUUGAGGACUUCCAGAAGGAUCUAUCCCGUCUGAGGAAGGACCUGCGUGCAUGCACUUCAGAGGUGGAGAAGGUGUGCAAGGUGUCGUCGGAAGAACAUCUGCAGCCCUUCAAGGACAAGAUGGAUGAAUUCAUCAGUCAAGCCAAAUGUGAACUGGAGGCUCAGGAGACGCAGCUCAACGGGACGCACAAGAUCUUCCUGGAGCUGACCGUGUUCUUCUCGGUAAAGGCCAAGAUGGGCGAGAAGGAGGUUUCUCCCCACACCUUCUUCUCUGUGUGGCACGAAUUCUCCUCAGACUUCAAAGAGCUGUGGAAGAAGGAGAACAAGCUGAUCCUACAGGAAAGGUUGAAAGCAGCAGAGGAGUGUUUCAGACAGGCCAAGGAGAAGGUCACCUACAGUGUCAAACCCAAGCACGCCUCAGGAAUCAAAGCCAAGCUGGGUAUGAAGAUCUGAUGGAUUGGCUGGUGGAGCACAGUGGAGACAGGAGGAUGAGGAAAAGACUAAGCCCAAUUGGACUGCAUGGACCAGCAGGUGAACUGUACAAGAACAGUAAUCUCUGUCUGCUUCUGAGGUACUGCUCCAUCAUCUUAACGUGCUCAUUCUCCAUACCCACACCCAACAAGGAAUCCUGUGAUUUGUCCAAAUAAUGUCAAGACAACAGGAACCUGUUAUCAGAUAUAUGGAUGUAUAAGACACAGCAUAGUGACCAGCAGACAGAGGAGUGUAUGACAAUGGGUGUCGGGUCCUUCAACAGUAUUAUUUUUUUAAUAAUCUUGCAUUCAAACCACAAUUUAAGUUACAUCAGUUCAAUCUCAAUGUUGUUCAAAUCCUACUUGAUUACAAUUUUUAAAACAAAGGUGUUUUAAAAAAUGAAUUAAAAAGUCUGUGUCCAAGUAAAUAAGGAUCCAGCUCAUCUGAGUUGGUUUUGAGUCAACAAAACUCUGAAUGUGGACAUACCAUCUCUGAGCUCAGCUAAAUUACUGCAGUCAACUGCUUUCCGUAGCUGUACAGGCACAUCUGCUCUAAAGUAUGGAAUUUUUGGCAACGUACAUCUGUGUCAUCCAAAGUACGAGAAAGAAAAUGCCUAACCUCCGUAAAUGUAUAACUGACUCACUUAUUUAAGAUGAGAUGCUAAUUUUGAAUCUUAAGUUUGUUUGUGAGAGUCGGGUGGGUGGCAGGUUAUUACAUUACUUUGGACACUAACAUUGUAAGAAGGCAUUCAGAGGAAUGUUUAAUUUUGCAUUUAAAUUACAACACUUGACUUGGUUGCAAAAUAUAUAUUUAAAAAUGCUAUUCAAUGAUUUUAUCAAUGUAAAGUAGUAUUCAAAUGUGUAACAUUACUUUGUUAAUGUUGUGUUCUGUGCCCAGCAUGUCAAUCACUUAACAAUCCUGGAUUUGUUUGAGGUUUGAAUCCUCCAUGUGCAAUAAGUGUUUGUAUCAACCAGAUCUUUUGUUUCGGUUCGGGAGCAGUGUAAUUUAUGUAAAAUAAAAGGAUGAAUAAAUUCAGCAUUUUAUUUGGUUUCAUGUUUUCUGAUCUCAUUUUAAUAGAUUGCAGUUUCUGAACAGUGGAGUGGCAAAAUAAAUCAGUCAAAC